GUUGAUGGCCAGCCGGGCUGGUGAGACUCCUCUGGAUGUCCUACUGCACCUCCCAGCACUCACAGGCAGGGCAGGGACUGACCUGGCGCUGUCUCAGAGGAACUUUUGCAUUCCCAGUAAGUGCCAGGGAGCUGGUGCCUGUGGAAAGCUCAGCCCAGGGACAGAGCAGCAAAUGGGAUGUUCAGUGCUGAGAUCUUUCUCACACCUCUCUUUGGAAGUGGCUUCUGAGAUUCGUCACUGCAGAGAGACUGCGUCCCUCCCACAGAUCAUCUCUAAAGUGCUUCUGUAGGUGCUUUUGCACAGCUCCUAAGUGGAGACCUUGUUCCGUGCAUGGACGAGGCUUCAAAAGAUGUGGCCUUGGCUUGGAAGAGUCUUCAGAAAGCCAAAGCAGUGCCGUAGGAAAUACCACAUGGAACAUGCUCAGACAUGCCAGUAUUUACAGAGUAACUAGGAGCUGCAAAAUUAAUCAGAGAAGCAGUGUAUGCCAGCAAAAGGCUACCACGGAAAAAAAACAUAUGUCUCCCUUCAAAAGAAAAAUCUGCCUUUUCACAGCUACAAAGGAUUGAAAACAAAUUUUAUCAUCAAACGUGGAGUUGUGCCAAAUCACAGGCAGCCAGAAGAAAGCUUUGGCAUGAAAAAAGCUUUGAUGGCGAGAGGAACAGAGAUGAAACAGCUUUGAAUGAGAAAAAGAGCAAUGAUAUUCCUCCAGCCUGCAGACCUGUUUCCCUGAGAGCCCUGCCGUGAGCUCUGGCCCAUCCAGAAUGACCCCUCUGUCCCCCAGGGCAGACUCGCGCUCAGCACCCUGCAGCCCUGCCCGGAGGGAGGCUGCGGAUGGCGAAGGCACAGCUGGGACAUGGUCUCCUGCAAAGAGCCUGUACAGACCAAGAAGGGACAAUUUCAGAGAGCAGGCAGAUUCAAGAGGUCGCAGAGUACAAAAGGAAAAAUCUCCCUGCUCUCUGCAUCACCCACCUCACUCCCCUGUGGGGAGCAGUCUGUUCUCAGGUGUCCUGCGUGGCAGCCAGAGCAAUGCUCCCAUGCCCAUGGCUGUCCUGCUUCCUACAUGCCACUUUUCAUCAGCCAGCAAGUCCAGUGAUCAGAAGCUGAAAAAUUUGAAGAAAAAAUCACCCCAAAAGAAGUUAGAGCAACUCAAGAAGAGAAUCCAGGAGCAGAAGCAAAAGCAGCAAGCGGCAUCUCAGGAGCAGAAGUUUCUGAUUUCUGCCUAUGCUAAAGAGCCAUUGCAAAAAAGACCCCUGAAGAGAAAGGUGUGCAAAGUGGCAUCUGCUCCUCCUGCUCCAGUUUACAGAGGUUUUAGUGCUGUGAACCUGAGGUCCGCUCUCUCCUUGCCUGAUGAAGAGCACAGAAUACCAGGCAGAGAAGAAUUUACCAUCCCUGGACAAGGGAGGGGUUAUAAAAAAGCCCCCAAGAUCCCAGACCAAAGAGAGAAAAGCUCAGCACAGAGAAUUCAAACACAAAGCCAGAGGCAGCCUUCACCCAGGACCUCUGUUCUGGAGAGAGCAGCAACAGGUAAAGGUACAAAGCUACCUAGUGCCUCUGCAUGGAGAGAAGGUCAGAAGUUAGCUAGAAAGUUGCUUGGUCCACCCCCUACACUUCCAAAUCUGAGGAGCACAGCUGAAGAGCAGAACACAGCAAAUACCUUUGGACCUGGUAGAGGACUUGUAGCAACGCCAGUGACGGAAAACAGCUCUAGAGAAAAGGGAAAUGAACCUGUGGGGAAAAGCCUUGAACUCAAAAGCUGUGUGGUUCCCCCCAGCAAGCCUGUUGAAAGGGGCAGCAAUGCACCAACCAAGGAUACAAAACAAAUACUCAGGAACCCACAUUUGCAAAGCCAGUAUCAUGGUGAACACAGACAUACUAGGCUCCCAAAAGAUACUGUGAAAGGAAAGGUAGAAGUUCUGCAGCGAUACCUAGGGAUCCAUUCUCCUUCACCUGGACCUCGGGCCAUAACUCCCUCUGCCUUCAGUGGAGAAAAGAUACGAUCUUCAUUAAUGAAAGCUGGAGCCAUGCCCAGCAGCUUAGGAAACUGCAGCAGAGGAAAAAGCACAUCUCCUCAGAGACAGAAAGACUCAAACAGUCCUGCACAGAAAUGGUCUGAGAAAGAAAACCUUAAACACGCUUCAAAGAGGAGGGUAAACGUUAAAAAACCUCAUCCCUACAGCCCUGAAAUUGUUCAGGAAUUUACGUAUCGAAAGAAUGAAGAAAGAAAGAAAAAAAGCCUAGAAGAGAAAAAGUCUUUGGUGCAGGCUAGGGAUAUGAGAAAUAAGAGAUUGCAAGAAGUAUACAGGAAACAGAAAGAAGCUAUUGGAAAGAAAACGUGUUCUGACCAAAUGUGCAAGCUCAUCAGGGAAACAGCUUCUGCAGAAGAAAGUUCUCAAUGUAAACUUGAGCAAGAGCAAACCAGUGGUGGAAUCCUGGAGAGGAGUUUCACGGCCUGGCUGGAUAAACCAUCCUGUACUCUAUUAAGUAAAGAUCACAGAGGCAGGAGUCAGCUACUAGAAACGGUUCAAUCACCUAAAAAAAGAGCAGCAUUAGCUUCUCCAGCACCACUGGAAUCCAAAUGCUUGUUUCUGAGUCCUCUGAAAUGGGAAGACUUGAGGGACUGCUCUCUCUCAGCUCUGCACACACCUUCUCUGAGCUUUUUCCUUCCUCAGAAAGAUGCAAAACCUUACUCCAAGGAUUCGACUUCUGAUCUGUCUCCAUACAGAAGUAAACAGGAUCGAGUGAAAGCCAUACAUAAUCUAUCCAAGGAACUUGCAGAAAAGAUUGAGAUAGCAACUAAGAGACUGAAUGAAGCAAGCACGGUUAAAGACUCCACUGACAAAACAUUGACAGAGACAACUUUGGACCUUUUCAAUGAGUCUUCAUCUGUCCCAGAGCCUGAGACAUCCAAGCAUGAGCAAGAUGGGGCAAUGACUAUACGAAUGCUUGUGGACACCCCAGAUCCUGAUGAGUUAUGUGUGUCAUCAGAUAGGGAAUGUCAUGGACUGGGCAGGAUUAGCCUUGUGGGUAGCACUGAGGGAAAAACAGCCCUGGACAGAGAGAAGGAAAUAGCCACUCCUUUGCCUGAUGGGAGUACUGCGAGCAAAGAAUUACUAUGGAUCACUCAUAGCGCAGGACAAAGGCAUCUCGACACUGGGGGAGACCUGAGCAACACAUUGAAAGGUUUUCCUGCGAAUAAGAGCUCUGAGGUGGACAUAAGCCUAUUGCAUGAAAAGCCAAUAACCAGUCCAGCCUCUCCAUCUCACAGAUUCCUCGCUAGAAGUCCACACAGAGAACUCACAGCUGAGAGGAAUCACUACCUGGGUGAGACUAUUUUUGAAGUUCAGAAUCAAGAGGAAAUUGCCAACUGGUCUCCCAGAGGGACCCUGAGGACUCCGGACAGCCUCAGCUUACAGCCCCCUGCCGCUCCGAGCCCUGGAGCUGAGACUCACCACGGCUUUGAGCUGGACUUUGCUUCUGCAGGUGAGGGAGACCCUAGCUACACAGCACUGGAAGAGAAACACAGGAGCCAUCUGGACAAUUUGAGGCAAACCUCCCUACUACUGGCUCACAAACUGAAGGCCCACCAGCUCCAGCAGAAGCAACAGCUUACAGUGCUGAGGGAGAAAGCAAAGCUAGAGGUUCAAGAGAGCCAGAGGUUUUUGAGUGACCUGCUUCAGCACAAUCCAGAGGAGUGCAGUAGCUCCAAAGGCAAUUUUUCUUCUGUGCCAAGAUUGGACCAUGCAGAGGAAAUGUGGAGAGGACACCAAUUGGCAGGUGAUAACGCAGCUGGCAGUAAUCAAGAGACACAUUCACUGAAACAACCUGCACUGAAGACAGAAAAAGAUCGCAGUCCAAUGGAUCCCAAAAUAGUGGGAGAAAGAAAACCUCUGGGAGGAAGGGGUUCAUAUUGCUCAGUGCUUCAAGGAGGAUCCUUGCCAGCAGAGCACGGGGAGCCGCUGCAUGACCAUCAAACCUUGAAUCUGUUGUCACCUGCUGUGAAUCUUCCCUGUGAGGAGACCUCUGCGGGGGACAGCUCUGGAGAGAGGAGUGAACAGGCCAGCUCUGACAGCCAGUGGAGUGAAGUCGGCCAGCACUAUGGAGGCUCCAGCACCUUCUGCCAUUUCAGCUUGGCCAUGGUGGAACAGUGUCUGAGGGGAGAAGAGCUGCGAGCUCGACACCAGGCUGCCCUCCUCAAGCUCCGCAAAAAAGCUCUCCAGGAGAAGGCCAGGGCUGAGCUGGCCUGGCUGGGCCACCAGAAACGCUGUCUGGAAAACCUGCAAGAUAGUAAGGGAGCCUCUGCCAUGGCCGCAAAGCAGCGCAAAAUCCGAACGGAGCUGAAACAGGAGCAGGUGGAAAUCCAGCACCUGCAAAAUGUCUACAGGGCAGCACAUCAAGAAAGAAAGCUUUUAUUAAAGCAGCAAAGAGAAAUUUUAAUGAUGCAGCAUUCAACAGCACACCUCCAGGAAAAGCUGCAUCAUUUGACUGCAAAGCAAGAGGUUAUUAAGUCACAGUCACUAGAUGUCUUGCUUACAAGGAGUCCAGCAACUGAAGAAGCAAUAAAGUUGAACACAAUGAGACUUAUUUUUAGCCCAAAAUUAUACUCAUCCUCAGCAGAGUCUACAGCCCACCCACAAAGGCCUGAUCUGUCAGGGAAUAGAGAGAGUUGCAUCCAGCUAAAGAAUAAACAAAGCAAGAAAUAUGAGGGCUUUUCUACUGAGAGCAAGAAAACACUGGUACAAUACCAGGAACAGGCAGAGGAGCCUCCAGGUUUGGAGCAGUCCCUUGGUGUGCAAGGUCCUGAUGCGUCGGAAACGGUAGCUGAGAAAGUGUGCGGUGCUACGAGUCAAACCACAGGCUCGGUCUUUAUGAUUAAAGAUUGCACAAACACAGGACUUAAUGCUCAGGAUCAUGUUUUAUUACGUCUGGAACAUGCAAAUUCAGCUAGCAUGGAUGAACCUAUAUCCACACCCAUUACAGGAGAAGGCAGAAAGUGUGCGUUUCUGGAAUCUGUGCUGAAGGAAGAGGCAUUUAUUUCAAACCCAAAGGUAGAUCCUGAAGACAAUGAAGAUAUCAAUCCAUGUGACAGCAAGUUCACAGUGAAAGGCUUGGGGAUGCUUUCUACUUUGUGUAACUUAUGCCUGGUUCAGGCAGAAAAUACUCUUCAAGGAACUGGUGAUGCAAAAUCAUCCUUAGGUCUAGAGAAAGAGUCUCUGAUAGUGGAGAAAGCACACAAGGAGCAGAGAAGGCAAAAAACUCCAAGAGAAGAGCAGGACCCCUGCAGUCCAUUUCAGGCUGGGAAAAGGAAGAAAGAGUUUUCUUCUGAUGAUGAAGAUGGGGAAAGAAGAUCAGCACUGAUUUCAGAUGAAGCUACAUUAGUGAAAACCCAGUUAAGAAAAGAAAGGUCAUCCGAAGAACAGAGAUUUAGCACAGACUCUAAGAGAAAAUUGGAAAUCACACAUAUAGAUGAAAAAGCACCUUCUGAAAACCCUUUGUCAGAAGAAGUGGAAGUGCCUGUCCCUUAUGAAAUCCAUCAGGUGGAUGGUAGUCAGUGUUUGAAGCAUUUGGAUCAUAUUUCUCAUGAAGCUUCUGAUGAAGAUCUAAAUUUAAAAGCAUUUUCCGAAGGAUUAGCUUCCACUGAAUCAUCGUCCAAGUCAAACAACUUCUCUCUAAGACGUGACAGUGCCAAAUCAGACUCUUCACUCCCAGAAUUUCAGAAGGUGUCUGCAGUUUGGAUUGACAUCUCGGAAAGCUCCAUUUCAGACUCUGAAUUAGAGCUGAAAAAUGGAGAGGACACAGAUGUCAGUAUCCCAGAAGAGUUUAUCUAUGACAAUGGUGAUGCGUUUCCUAAUGUUUCAAAAAAGACUCUAAUAGCAAUAAGUAAUGGAAAGGAAACGUUACCUAGUGACAAACAUGAUGACCAUGAAGUUCCCAAAGAUGACAGCACUGAGACUUCAUUGCGCUCCCAGAAAUACCCUGGAGAUGUUUCAGAUCAUGGCUGCAGUGAUAAUUUGCUUUCUUUCAUUCCAUCAGACAAAGUAAAUGCCUCCAAAACAAAGUCUGCACAUUCCUCCCAAUCUGAUAACCCUGCCAAGGGAUCAGAUGAGCCACAUCUGGAUGCCUCAGAAAACUACAGUAGGAACAAAACAUGUUCUCAGGAGAUCACAAAACAAGGUAAUGAUGCAGUUGCCAGCUCAUCAUGCAGUGAUGAUAGUUACUCACCUAAGAUCUAUGAACAGCAGAAACCUAGUUCUACAACUAGCGGAGUGAAAAAGGACAAUGAAAUUAACAGUUUAUUUCUGAAUCAAAAUAGAGACCUAAUGGGGGUUCUGCUGACAGGUUCUUUGAAACAUCUAGAUUUGGUUACUGACCAACUUAGGAACACUGCCUCUUUCCCACCUGACAAAGAUAUUACAAAUAACAAAUUAUUAGCAAGUCUUUCUUCAAGAAACUUAUCAGCUUCAGGAGGUAAAAAUAAUCAUGCACAUCUUUUGAAGGAGCGACUCGCAUCCAUCAAACUCAAUAAGAUUGCAUCUCUGCCCACAUCCAUGCCAGGAAUUUCUGAGGAAGUCCAUACAGAAAACAAUUCAUUUGAGUCUUUGCAAAGGAUGGUCACAGGAAAUCAAAACAACUCAACAACUAACAGGCAAGCCAUAAAGGAAGCAAGGAAGGGAUUGUUUUCUUCUGUCUCCUCAAAAAAGCAAUUGUUUCAAGCUGAGAACUGCUCUUCCAAACAUGAAGAUGAUACAAUUUUUAUUAGUGAUGAGGGUCUCCCUCCAGCUGAUGAGGAUACCUUGUCAGAAAUACUGUCUCCUGUUGAUGAAGUAUUGUCCUAUGGAAGUGCUGACUUGCCAUCCUCUAAUAAAAAGGAUUUGUCAUUUCCAAGUGAAGAUCUUCCUCCUCCCCCUUUAGGUGCAGAUGCAAUGAAAAAUGAUGAUUCUACCUUCAGUAUGGAUGAUUUCCCAUCUCCACCAGAACAAAUGACAGUCUCAGAGACCAGAGAGUGUAUGGAUGAAGAUAUAUCACUGAAAAUGGAUGCAUUACCCCCAUUACCUGAUAACACUGUACCUGAAGAAUUUCCCCUGCUCAAUCAAGAGACAACUGAUGCUUUUCCAACUCGGCAUGGUAGUGUCUCAGAACAAUCUUUAGUUAAAGAUAUUUCCAGUGCAAAGGGGGGCUUAUUAGAAUACCAACAAGGAGAAGAUGAGACACCUUUGCAGCAUUUGGAGUUUCUGCCUGUGUCAAAUCCUAUUUCUUCUGGUGAGGCCAGUAAAAGUCCUGACUUCACGAUGAAACAACGCAAAACAUGCUUAAUGCUGCCCAAAGCUGAGGAGGACAGUGACGACCCAUUAUUAUCAUUUGAAAUUGGGGACAGAGUGCUAGUAAAGCAGACCCAACCCGGAACCCUAAUGUUCAAAGGACAGACUUAUUUUGAUAGUGGCCAUUGGGCGGGUGUCGCACUUGACAAAGCUGAAGGUGACAAUGCUGGAACUUACAAAGGGGUGAAGUAUUUUGAGUGUGCUCAGCACUGUGGUAUUUUUGUCAGACCCAGUGAGAUUUCACAUCUGUUGGGGGCUAAGGAAAAUGGUUCCAAUUACAUGGGGAAUGAAGACUCUGACGACUCUUGUGAUGAUGGAUCCUUCAAAGGAGACUGCAAAUAUUCUGACAAUGAUAAGGAGAGAGCAGGGUUUACAGAGGAGAAAGCAGAAGACACAAAAAGUGCAGGAGGAUCACAAGUGAAAGAAAAUCAGUCUAGGAUACACAAUGCCUUGCUGUCUGGAAAAGGGCAAAAGCUUCCACUUUCUGACCAGCGUAAGUGCAAUGAAUUCCUCUGCCAAAAUAACUUGACAUGCUUGGGAUCAGAUAAAGAAAAAACAGAACUGACACAAAUAAAACAAAGGAUUCUUGUAGAUGUGCUUCCAAUGAAAAGUAAGACCAGUAACACAGAUGAGGUAAAUACAAGCAAAAAUAUUCGUAGCUUGGUAGAGGAUCAGAAAAGAAAUAAACUUGCUGGUGAUAUUGCAAGUGAACUCAGUAAAAAACUUCUGUUUGACACUUUAAUUGCAUUUUCUGAAACAGCUCAACACAAAUAUAAAAGUGUCUUUGAAACAGACAUGAUGAGUUAUGGCAAAGGCCUAAGACAAGAAGACAAUCAGAAAUUCUUUCUCCUCAAAGAAAAUUCAGCUGCUAUCUUAUCUGAACAAUCAACAAAGGUUUCUGAUGUUUUACUGCGUGAUUUCGAUACACUUAGCAUUCAUGGUUGUCACACAGUAGCAGAAAGAAUUGUAAGUAAAUUCGUAGAUGAUGCAGUUAAAGAAUAUAAGAAGAUUAAAAGAAAACACGGAUCAAAAGCAGACAAGAUAUUUCAUUUAUCUUCAGAGACUUCUCCGACCACUUUGCCAUUCCUUAUAAAAAUCCUUGAUGCUGGUGUUUUUGGAAGCUCUGAAGACUUUGAUCAGCCUAAUUGUGACCAAUAUAUGCUGGUGAGAAAAACACAAAAGCAAUACUUGUACAAAUUAGAUCAGUGGCACUCAGCUCCAUGGAAGAAAACUGUGGAAGUUCCUCUUGUGAUACCACAUUACAGUUCAUAUGUUAAGAAAUUGUCUGCCUAUGCUGUAGAAGAAUUAUGGACCCCAGAAAACAUAUAUUCAGGUUUCAGGCAAAUCAGUGUGCCAAAGCACUUUGAAUGUAAUGAUCUCCCAGGGAACGAUCUGGAAACAGAAAGCAAAAGGAUGUAUAAUCAGGUUAUAUUUGAUUUGACUCAUGAGUUGCUAUGUGCAGAAUAUCAAGUAUCUGCAAAUCCAAAUACAUUUCCAUGGAUGAAAGAAAAUUUGAGAUGUCACCAUUCCAGGCAUCUUUGCAGAAGAACAAAUGUCAGUGAGGCCAAGGCAUUUGUUCAGGGUGAAAUUAUUAAAAUAAUGAACCUGGAAAAGAAUGACUUGGAAACGAAAAGAAAAUUCCUUAAUAUAACCAAGUAUGGAAACUGUAAGAGAGACAGAGUGGACCUUAUUCUGAUUCAGGAGCUCCGCAAAGAAGAAUCUCAGUGGACUUACUAUGAUGAUGAUGAAUUAACUGUGAAGAUGAGACUGACUGAAGACAUAUUUGAUAGUUUGAUCCUAGAUACGAUCAGUGUUCUUAAUAAGAUUUACCUGAGAAAAACCUGCCAUUAGAAGUUUUCCCUAAAAACCCCUCAUGGAGGAAUUUUAAUCUCUGAUUUUUUUAAGGCAAGAAAUGCAUGACUGAAGAAUUUUAGUUCUGAACUUGUACCUAACACCAGUGCGGCCUUGGCCUAAUUUAUAUGUUCAUGUUUACAAUGAAAGGAUGCAAGCAGAGACUUAAACAGAUAGAAAAAUAUUAUGCAAAAUAUUCUCCUUGUGUUUUGUGCUUUGGGAAUAUUCAUUGAGAUCAAUGUUGUUCUUAUACUGAUUCCACACAGAAUCUAAAGGGUGGAAAUUUUAUUCUUGUCUGUUGGGUUUUUUUGGUCAAGAUAGCACUUAUGUAUUUUAAGAGCACAACAUGUUUUAAAAUUGUAUACACAUCUAUACAAACAGGGUUCAAAACUAAUUUAUGUGUAAAUUAUGGUAUUCUUUAUCAUGUUCAGGUUGUGAAUCAUGACAGGUGAAUCAUAUUUUGAAAAUAAUGUUCUGAAAAUUGUAGGUGACUGUCUUAAGAACAUAAAUAUGCAUAUGGAAUGAAAUCUCCCAGAAACUGAAUUGCUGUGGACCUCUGUUGUUUGGAAGAAACUCCUCUAAUUGGAACAAGUCUAAAACUUUUCCUGGGGGGUAUAGCAGAGUUACAAAGGUGACUGUGCACCUUUUUUUUUUUUUUUUUUAAUACACUGUGGAACUGGUUAAAAGUAGCCUGAUAUGGCUUCAGAAAUGUAGUAUAAGGAAUGAUUUUGUCCUGGCAGGAUCUAGAGCCAGACAGUCAGUUUUAAUGUCUAUAACUUUAUGUAAAUGAGACACAUACUGAUGUAAUGCACUUUAAAUGGGAUACUUUUCUAUCAGUAACUUCAAUUUCUGAAAAUUAAAGAUGUGCAUGUGAUUAGGUUAUUUAUCACGCAAUUCAUGCGAGCCCUUUGAAUUCUUACAACAUCUAAACAUAAGGUGCUGAGGAUUGGCAAAACAGAGGAGAUCAGUAAUCCUAUUAUUCUGUAUUGGCAAAAUUGGAAAAAUCAAGAUUUUAACAAGGAAAUAGAAGCAUUCCCUGAGCAUGCUAAUUGCUCACUAUGUAUACUGCUGUGGUCCCACUUAUUUUGCAUUAAGAGAAGACCAAUGAUAAAUUUUUACUUGUUAGUUUUUAAAAAAUAAAUACUAUGCAAAUAUUUCUUGCUGGAAUUCAGAAACUGUUCAUUAUUGAAUAAAUUAAAUAUAAGUAGAUCUGAUUUAUUCAAAUCCCAUUCAUUCAGGAUGUCUUUCAAAUAAAAUGAAAAGCAGGACAAUUAAAUAUAAAUAUAUAUAAACUUAUAUUUAAAAUCACAAUAUUUACAGUCUGGUUUUGGUGGGAAAUAGAAAUAUAUUUUAUGUUUCUAUUUUUAAAGUACUGAUGGCUUAACUGUUUUCAUACUGAAUAGUUUGUUUUCUGAAUAAACAAAAUAAACCCUAUGUAUCUCACUUUAUUUUUACUGCACUUCUAAUUGAUUUCAGAUUAUAUUGUAUUCACUGCUAUUCUCAUUAGCGAAUGGGAGUAGUUUUGUUGUUUUGAAGGCAGCUCCUGGGGACGUUAAAAAGCCCUGUCCUGGUGGUUGCCAUAUGAACAGAAAUAAAAAGGCAACUUCUGCCCCAAGCGCAUUAACUGUUGAUCUUAUCUAGUAAACUAUUUUCAUGUCCCUAGUGAUACAUUUUUCUAACUCUUUGAUUUUUAUCCUCGUUGAUUAAUUAAUUUAGAUAAAUUAUUUGUUC